AUGUCCUGGGAUAAAGAUCCUCCAACAGUAACCAUGAGCCUAGCCGACGAAGCCCCAUCUAGAGGCCGCGUCGCCGCCAAAUGGCGUGGCACCCAGGCCGACCAGGCCGAUAUGAGCGCUCUGGGGAGAGAGCAGGUCUUGCGUCGUAACUUCCGGUUCAUCUCCAUUGUAGGAUUUGGCUGCACGCUGAUCGCCACGUGGGAGGUUGUUUUAACUCUGCUCGCACAAGGCUUGACUGAUGGAGGAACGGCCGGGCUGAUCUGGGGGUUUGUCAUCGUCGCUUUUGGGUUCCUUCUAGUGUUCUUGAGCUUGGCUGAGAUGGCAUCUAUGGCUCCCACCUCGGGCGGACAAUACCAUUGGGUUUCGGAGUUUGCCCCUCCCAGUUGCCAGAAAUUCCUCAGCUACAUCACCGGCUGGCUGUGCGCGAUGGGCUGGCAAUGUGCUAUUGUGUCUAUCGCUUACCUUGCUGGAACUAUCAUCCAAGGCCUAAUGGUGCUGAACAACCCGGACUAUGACUCCAAGCGGUGGCACGGCACCCUACUGGUGAUCGCCAUUACCUUAUUUUCGAUCAUAUUCAACACUUUCCUAGCCAAGCGGCUACCCUUCGUGGAGGUGUUGAUUCUGAUUCUGCAUGUGUGCGGUCUGUUCGCCAUCAUAAUCCCUCUAUGGGUCCUUGGCCCCCGCCGCAGCGCGAAGCAGGUGUUUACCGAAUUCAAUAACGGUGGCGAAUGGAACAGCGACGGGACUGCCACGCUGGUCGGGUUCUCAACCACCAUCACGGCCCUGAUUGGAUAUGAUUGCGCGGUUCAUAUGUCGGAGGAGAUCAAGGAUGCGUCUGAGACCCUGCCAAAGGCGAUGAUUACCUCUGUCUGCCUCAAUGCCGCCUUCGGUUUCCUCAUGUUGGUAACGGUCUGCUUCACGCUAGGCGAUAUUGAUGACAUCCUGGCCACUCCAACAGGGUACCCGUUUAUGCAGGUGUUCUACAACGCGACGGAGAGUCUGCCGGGAACGAACACCAUGACUGCCAUUCUGGUGUUGACGCUAACGGCGAGCACAAUCACAGAAGUAGCAACGGCGUCCCGCCAAUUAUGGUCCUUUGCGCGUGAUCGCGGCCUUCCUUUCUCCGAAUUCUUCGGAUAUGUAAACCCCAACUGGAACAUCCCCUUGAAUGCUGUGAUGGUCUCGCUGGUAGUGACAAUCUUGUUGUCGCUCAUCAACAUCGGCUCCACAACCGCGCUUCUUGCCAUCGUCACCCUGACCAUCGGCGCAAUGAUGUCCUCGUACAUCAUCACGAUUGGAUGUGUGCUCCUCAAGCGUAUCAGAGGUGAACCCCUCCCACCACACAAAUGGACGCUCGGCCAGUAUGGCAUGGCAAUCAACAUUGGGGCCCUGUGCUUCCUAUGUCCUGUAUUCGUGUUUGCCUUCUUCCCGUUAACAUCGAGGGUGGAUGCGGAGACUAUGAACUGGUGCGCAGUGAUGUAUGGGGGGAUUCUGAUCAUUGCGGUGGUGUAUUAUGUGUUUCGGGGACGCCACCAUUACAUCCCGCCCGUGGCGCUGGUGAGGCGAGAGAUGUAA